AAUUAUUACUUGGUUAUCAAUAAAUCAUAUUAAAAAAAACAUCCAAAUUUCAUCAAUAAAUAAAUAUUACAUUAAAGUCACGUGACUGCCUUAACCGAGAAAAUGUCACGUAUGAAGAAACAAAGGAAAGAGGCGCGGUUCAUUUCAGUGUGUAAACGUCAGGUAUCCCGGGAAUCCUAACCAUCGCGGGCAUCGUGUUCGAUGCUGCGUGCCGAGGUCCCGUGAUGUCCUGCUUGUCGGCCGUGGAUUCGCAAGUGGUGACCUUGCUCUCGGUGCCGCACGAGAUCCUGUUCCUCCAGCACAAGGUGUUCCGAGAGUAUGCCAAGAUCGCCGUCGGUCCGGACUUCGUCCACACCGUACCCUCGUUCCUGGUCCUCGCCUCUGUGGCGAUCGUCCUCUGGAGGAAUCCGCCCUCGUGCAACGGCCUGGCGCAAGCCAUGGCGUCGACGAUGUUGUACAAAGCUGUUCAGCUGGUGGUCAGCUGGAUCGUCGCCAUCGCGGUUUUGUGGCUCUGGCUGACGCUACAAAGGCUGCUCUACUGCUGCGUUUGGUACACUUGGAGUUACGAAUCGGAGUACAGACAAGUGUCGUAUCAAUGGUGGCAACGAGUUUGGUCAUCAUACUACUCACCGGCAUUGAAACCGCCGGUCAUGUCGGCUAGUUUUAUCAGCUGGCUGAUCUCGAUGGCGAUCGCUUCGUUUGCCCUAGGCUGUGCACUUUCCGCGAACCGUGUGUGGAAUCUUAUCGUCGAACAUCUGAUCGUCGCGAAUGCCGCAAUGGCGACGGUCAAGUGCCACGUGAACUCAUACCUAAAAAGAAUAAUAACGCUCGCGCUGAUGUACUGGUCCGAGGAGCCUCUGAAGGUCGAGAAGGACACGAAUUUCCCUCCGGUGAACGACAGCAAGACUAAUUCGGUCUGCGACGAGUGCCAAUCGGACAUAUCCAGCAAUCUGAUGAUGAAUGAACCCCGAAGAGAAGUCCUGCCAAUAUCUUAUGGCACCAAUUGGACGCCAAAACCGAAUUUCUCUGGGUACAAAGAGCCCCAAAGGAAAGUGUCGAUGAAGUCGUUGUACACGAUUGGGGCGGUGAACGACAUUCAAGACUCGGACGAGUUGUCACCGCGGCAGAUGCGUUACAAACGCGGUUGCCACACGGUUAUACCGAACAACCUGAGCGACCAGUCGAGCGGAUGUUGAGGAACCUGUACACGGAAACACAGUGGGAAAGGACGAUUUUCUAGGUCACGUCGCCCCGGCAGAAGUAGAUUGAUUUUUGCAACGACGUGGUCGUGGGAAUUAAUCAUCAUGAUAAUAAUAAUAAUAAUAAUA